GUUAACACCUUUUGAAACAGUUGGUUUGCGGGUGCGUGUGUGUGUGUGUGUGUCGGUGGUGAAGCACUGCAGUCUAUCCAAAAUGUUGGCCGCAAUGCAAAUUGCAUCCGUGUCAAUCAUUUUUAUAAGCCUUUUCGGAACAUCAAAUCAAAGCGAAUCAUCGAUACCAUCGGAAGAUAGUUCUCCCAAGUGCAUGAGUGACAAAAUCAUUAAACGUUUUCAAUUGAAUCCCGAAAUUUAUAAGUCAUGUGAACAAUUGGCAUCAUCGCACAACUCCUCCGAAACUUAUGUGCGUAUACCGAGACGCGUAGAACCCAUUUUUCGUGGCAAACCUAAACCCCAUGCUGAGGUGUUAGCUGGAAAAUUUCACUUGAAUACAAACAACGAACAGACCAAUUCAUUGGUGGCUUUAGUGAAUAAAAUCGCAACCGAAUAUUUACGCAAAUGUCCACCGGUUAUUUAUUACGACAGCUUUGUGGAGAAGUCUGAUAGUUUGCUUUUGGAACUCCUAUUCAAAACCUUUCCAUUUACCUAUUAUCAUGGCGAAAUAAGCAGUCGUUACGAGGCUCGAAAUAAAAAUCUCAAGCUUUCGAACGAUGCAAAUUGUAUGAGCUUUAUUUUAUUUCUUUCGGAUCCCUUAAUGACACGCAGUAUUAUUGGACCCCAAACAGAGAACAGAGUACUUGUGGUCUCUCGCUCGACGCAAUGGAAAUUAAAAGAUUUUCUGUCAUCGGACAAAUCAUCGGAUAUUGUGAAUUUAUUGGUUGUCGGACAAUCACUGAGUGGAGAUCCAGCUAAGGAGCGACCGUACGUUCUAUACACCCACAAACUAUAUGCAGACGGCUUGGGUUCCAACAAACCCAUAGUUUUGACUUCUUGGUUAAAUGGCGGACUAACGAGACCGCACAUCAAUCUCUAUCCAAAGAAAUUUGGAAAUGGAUUCGCCGGACACCGUUUUCAGAUAAUAGCUCUUAACCAACCACCAUACAUAUUUCGUAUAAAAACAUUGGACUUUAGUGGCGUCGUCCAAGUCCAUUGGGAUGGUAUUGAGUAUCGUUUGUUACAAAUGGUUGGCGAGAAACUUAACUUUUCAAUAGAUAUACGAGAUGUGCCCGAGAUGUAUCAAGUUCAGGAAAGACCCUUAGCCCUGCUCGAAGACAGCAUAUCAACACGCUUAGCGGAUAUUGGAAUGAGCGGUGUCUAUAUAUCACCGGAUAGAAUGGACAAUGUAGAAUUUUCUGUGGGUCAUUCCAAAGACUGUGCAACAUUUAUAACCUUGGCAUCCAAGGCGCUGCCAAAAUACAGGGCAAUAAUGGGUCCAUUUCAAUGGCCUGUAUGGGUUGCUUUGAUUUGCAUCUAUUUGGGUGGCGUAUUUCCUAUUGUCUUCACCGAUCGCCUAACUUUAAAACAUUUACUUGGCAAUUGGGGAGAACUUGAGAAUAUGUUCUGGUAUGUUUUCGGCAUGUUUACCAACUCUUUAACCUUUUCGGGACGCUAUGCGUGGGGCAACACACAGAAGGUUUCCACUAGGAUUCUUAUUGGCUCAUAUUGGCUGUUUACCAUAAUAAUUACGGCGUGUUACACAGGUUCGAUAAUAGCUUUUGUUACGCUACCAGCCUUUCCAGAUACCGUUGAUUCUGUCAUGGAUUUGUUGGGCUUAUUUUUCCGUGUUGGAACCAUAGACAACGGAGGCUGGGAAACUUGGUUUCAAAACUCUUCUCAUGAAGCUACAUCACGUUUAUUUCAAAAAAUGGAAUAUGUUUCAUCGGUGAAUGAGGGCAUCGGCAAUGUUACUCAAAGUUUCUUUUGGAAUUAUGCGUUUCUUGGCUCCAGAGCUCAAUUGAAGUAUUUGGUGCAAUCAAAUUUUUCAAAUGAAAAUAUCUCUCGACGUUCUGCUCUACAUUUAAGCGAGGAAUGCUUUGCUUUGUUCUACGUUGGAUAUAUGUUUCCUAAAAAUUCGGUGUAUAAACAAAAAAUUAAUUCACUUAUACUAUUAGCUCAACAAGCUGGGCUACUAAAUAAGAUCGAGAAUGAAGUGAAAUGGGAUAUGCAAAGAACUUCAGGAGGCAAACUUUUGCAGGCCAGCUCAUCGUCACCAUUACGUGAGAGCAUCCAAGAGGAACGUCAAUUGACCACAGCCGAUACGGAAGGCAUGUUUUUGCUAAUGGGUAUUGGUUAUGCCAUUGGUGCUAUAGCAUUAAUAUCUGAAAUUGUGGGGGGUAUCACAAAUAAAUGUCGACAAAUCAUAAGGCGUUCUCGUAAAUCAAUUUCCUCAGCUUGGUCUUCAAAACGCAGCAGUGUGGUGGCGGAGACUGGUAUGAUACCAAGAACUGAACAAGAAGAAUUAAUACAUGCGGCACGACAGCUUGAACGAAUAAAGAUGGCUGAAGAAAAGCGGAAAAAUGAAGGUUUUAGAUGGAGACAAUUUAAUCUAACCCGAACUACUUUGAGGGAAUUAUAUGGCGAUAAUAACAAGUCUCAGUCGGAUAAUGGAUCGAUCAGCCAUGUGCACAUCCCAGAACCUACUAUAAACAAUUCCAUUCACGCUUCUGAAAGCGUUUUAAAAGAAAAUGUUAUUAAUGAAACUCAUGAAAAUGAAAAAUGUAUGAAUAUUCAAAAUAAUGAACUCGAGAUCGCAUUUAAAACAUUCGAUAGCACCUUGGCCAACUACUGCAAUGAUGAAAAUGAAAGCGAUGCAGAUAAUGAUGAUAACGAUGUGGAACAAGAACAUAUCCCCAUACAAGAGGAAGAGGAAAAAGUCUUUGGCAGCUUUGUUGGUGGUAGUGUUGAACAAAACCCUAAAAUUUUAGAAAAUUUAGAGUUAUUUAAAGAGCAAUAGAAUUUUAAAUGAUAAAGAAGGGAAACAAACAGUUCUAACUAAUUUAUUUAUUUAAAUGAAUGUUUACUUAUAAAUAUUAUACCUGUUGUUAUUGCUUAAUGCUUCCGCUUUAAUUGGCUUAAAAAUGUGUCUUUUUGUUGAAAACUUAAAUGAUUAACACAGCUUUUGUAACUUAUGGUAGUAGCUUGAUGCAUUAAUGUGGAAUGAAGUGCAUAUGGGCCUGCUAUUUUUCUACUAAUCCUACUUUCUAAUACCGCAAAACAAUUAUAAUUCGUCUCUAAUAUGAGGAGCCUCUAUUUGUGUGUAUUCUUCUUCUUCCGUUGCUUCGCUUUCUUCAUUUACAUGGGGGUCUAAGGAAUCAACUAAAAUUAAAUGUUAAAAAAAAUAAAUUUUGAAAAAUUUACCAAAGAAAAACAACAGUAAUAAGUGGUUAAAAAAACUUAAGGUUAUGAGGAAAUAAAGAAACAGAAACAGUGGUAAAUUUUGUUCGCCAUGAUUGA